AUGGGCUCUAUCGCAAAGGAAAACGUGUAUCUCCCGAUUGUCGUUGUGGACGAAAUCCUCGAGUAUCUCGAUCUGGAAACCAUCAAAUCCCUCCGAUUAACCGACAGAACAUGGAGUGGACUAUGCUUGGGUCCACGCUUCAAAUCAUUCAUGCGGCACCAAUCUACUGAUCUGACACCACAGAGCCUGGAGUCUCUCGGUGCUCUCUCCUGCCAUGCCAUCCUGCGCCCAGCUGUCAAGGAUCUGACCAUAGUCGCAGCGGUCUACGACUCUUCUCUCCUCCAGAGAGUUCUCAGGACCAGUCGAUGUGAAGAUGAAAAUGGUACUUUAUGGAUAGCAGCAAGGGAUUGCACACCGGAUGAAGUGGUCCAAGCGGAGGCAGAUCUAGCAUGGCUGGAGGAACAGUCUUCAAAACACCAGCUCAAACAAGAAAAUCACAUCGUGUCGACUCUCGCAGCCAUUUUAAAUAACUUUGGAAGACUUGAUUGGGUUUCUAUGGAAGCCAAAGUUACUCAUUCACCACGUCCCGAGGUCUUCAGGUCCCGAGGUGACUGGCACGCCAUUUGGCUUAAAGCAACCCAAGUCUACCACAUAGCCAUGUCUGCUAUUGCAGAAAGUACCAUUUCAGUCAAUAGCCUCACUAUAUUCCGGAACCCAAUACGCUCUGCCAUUCCAUCCAACGAAAUAACCACCCAUAUGCGUACACUCGACCCAGCCGCUUGUACUUUCGCCUCCGGCCAGUCGAUCAAAAACUUUUCAAUAGACCUAUCAACACGAAUAGAUACCGACCGAGAAAGGCUAUCAAAGCGGAGAGGCGAUAUAGAAAUAUGGGAGCUUGAAACCCGCCGAAGCUGGCACGGACUGAGCCCAGGAACUCUUCUUGCGAGUCUUGAACCCGAAGUGAACUCCGAGGACAACUAUCCCGGCGUCGCCCGAUUGCUGCAGAAAAUGCCGAAUCUGGAAGCCUUGACCCUCAGACUUCGUUGUACCGUGAUUGGGGACGUCAGUCUAUACCAUCGGCUGUUUGAAGAAAUUGCUAGCAAGGUCCAUCUUCCACAGCUGAAAAGGCUCCGUCUGCUCGGCAUCUACGCUACUUCAGACUCGCUGCAAUGCUUUCUACGCAAACAUCCCGAUAUCGAACUACUGGGGCUUGAGAAAGUAAACCUUGUCUCUGGAGCUUGGCAGCCUGUCUUUGAGGAGAUAAGGAAGAUGCCGUCUUUGACGAGAGUUGUUUUAGCGAGUAUUUCUGGGGAAGGACGGACCCUGAAUCUAAGGCCUGCUGAGGACAAAGAUGACCGCAGUGACCCGAGUAAUACAGAUUACUAUUUGUGUACAAGAGGUGUCUUUGUUCACAGGCGUGAGUUUGACGCUCGUGACAUCCAGAAGGGAUUUCAAUUCAACACAGAUAAUCAGGGUGCACCGCAGGGAACACAUGGAUUCACUUCGUUUCUUGUAUUUGACCAGGAACAUUAUGGACUUCCCUAA